AAUGAUCUAGUCAAACCUGCUGUGUGUGUUAGAAUUAGGAAAUUGGAACGAUAAGCAACCUUGGUAACAGAAUCUAACCUCUGACGUUGAGAUAAUUCACUUGUCUAUAGUGAUUAAUAAAUAAUGGCUGUGACACCUGAUCAGGCUGAUUUUUCUCUUGGUCAAAAAAUGAGUAGAGGAAACAGUCUAAAGCUUGGUGCUAAUGUAACAGUACAGGGAAGAAACUCGUUUCCUGCGUCGUGGUUAUCCAUUGACGACACUGUGCUGAAUACGAUAAAUUUUGAAGAGGAAUUUACAUACGUUAAUGACAAUAUUGUCGCUGCGGCAACAAAGAACGAUAAUGAGAAUCAUCAGAAUAAUAACAUCAGCACUAAUGCUGAGGAGAAUAUUUUCUUCGGGGAAGAAACUGACUUUCAACAAGUGAAAGAUCACAAUUACAGUAAAAUAUUGGACUUGAAUACAAGCGACCAGGAAUUUUGUCACAUAGAGUCAACCUUGGUACAAAAAACUGAACAAGUUCACGAGGAGCUGAAAACCAUACUGAAUACGACAGAAAUAUCAAUAUGCCGCGAUGAUCGGUUAAACAAUACAGUCGUAGAUUCUGGUAUCGAAAAAUCUAUGUGGGAAGAUGAUAGUCUACUGGAUCGAGUGUUCAAUGAAUUUGAAUCGUUCGCUGACGAGCAAGCCGAAGCUGCCAAACCUGGGUGCCUUCCGUUGACAGCAAUAAAUAGUUUCAGCACCUUGACUUCUCCCAACAAAAUUUUUUCCAAACCGUUGGAUUGUCCUUUGAAUCUUCCGCGUGCUGAAAAACACUCAUUAUCACCACUAAAGGAAAAUAGCAGACCCAACAAAAAGAGACGGAUGGAUGUCGCACGGUUUUGUGAAGAUACGAUGAAAGGUUCCUUUUACGGACUUCCAGGCUUGGUAAAAUCACUUAUACAACGUGUAAAGGGUAUUAAUGAAUUAUAUGAAUGGCAAGAUGAGUGCUUGAAGCUCAAGGCAAUUUGCGAUCGAAAGAAUUUAAUUUAUGCCCUUCCAACAAGUGGUGGAAAAACUUUAGUUGCUGAGAUAUUAAUGCUGAAGGAGCUUGUCGUUAACAAAAAAAAUGCUAUAUUCAUACUUCCCUUUGUUGCAAUCGUUCAAGAAAAGGUACGGUCUUUAGCACCUUUUGCUCUGGCCUUGGAUUUUUUGAUAGAGGAAUAUGCAGCUGGAAAUGGGCAGUAUCCGCCGCGUAAAAGGCGGAGAAAACACACCAUUUAUGUCUGCACAAUUGAGAAGGGACUGGGGCUGGUUAAUAGCUUGAUAGAAAACCAGCGUCUUCAUGAGGUUGGAAUGGUCGUUGUCGAUGAGCUUCAUUUAUUAGGAGAAGAUGGAGGUAGAGGUGCAACACUAGAAGGUCUACUGACAAAAAUAAUGUACACUGGAAAUAAUCCACACAUUAUCGGAAUGAGCGCCACGAUUGGGAAUUUAAAUGAAAUCGCUAAAUUCUUGAAUGCUGAAAUUUACACGAGAGACUUUAGGCCUGUAGAAUUGAAAGAGUAUGUUAAAUGCGAGGACGAUAUUUGGCUUGUGGAUCUUGAGCAAGAAGAAAUACUGACUGAUCUAAAGAAAAUUGCUUACUCCUACUCCCAGGAAGCUCUCAGACUAGAUCCAGAUAAACUUGGAGGAUUGGUGAUGGAUGUUGUACCACAAGACUCUUGUCUAAUAUUUUGUCCGAGUCGCAAAAACUGUGAGAACGUUUCCAUAUUGUUGACGAAAGUUCUGUUUAAAUCUCUGCACAAUCAUAAGAAAAAGGAGAAAGAUAUACUGAUAAGAGCACUGAAAGCUGAAGGUUCUCUCUGUGAGAUUCUGGAACUAACUAUAAAGUUUGGCGUAGCUUAUCAUCACUCUGGCCUGAUGGCGGAGGAGCGGAAGUUACUUGAGGAAGCGUUCAGAUCUGGGACUCUUUGUGCGAUUUGCUGCACCUCAACUUUGGCUGCCGGCGUUAAUUUACCAGCACGACGAGUAAUACUCAGACAUCCAUAUGUUGGUAAUCAGUUUCUAAACUUGAGUCGUUAUAAGCAAAUGAUCGGUAGAGCUGGAAGAGCUGGAAUGAAAGACGUUGGAGAAAGUAUACUGAUUUGUAGAACAAACGAAAUUCCCAAGGUAAAAGAGUUGUUAACUUCUAAAAUGGACGACUGUAUCAGUACUUUACACAUUGAAGAAGACAGGGGUAUAAACAAUUUGAUUCUGAGUUCAAUUCUCUUAAAUUUGGCUACGACUAGAUCAGAGUUGCACAAAAUAGCUGGAAGUACACUCCUUGGAAUACAACAAAAAAGGCUAAAUAUUAGCACAAAUAAAAUAACCGACAAAACGGUUACGAAGCUAAUGAAAAGUGGUGUAAUUAAAGUGAAACAAGUUACAAAUUACAGUGAAAUCAAUCCCAAUUUAACUGUCGUCAUUCAGUCGCAGGAUAAUUUAAAAAAAGCUCAGGAAACACCUCAACGUAGAAAGAAAAUUGUAAAACUUAGUAGAACAACAAAAUUGGAAGUAUGCAAACUGGGAAAAGCAGCUAUGAAAGGAUGCGUCGAUCUGAAUCGUGCGCAUGUGCUGUACAAAGACUUGAAAAUGGCACAAAACCAGUUAGUGCUACUCGACUGUCUCCACCUUUUGUACCUUGUGACGCCAUACGAUGUUGUUGAUCAUAUAAAACCAUCUGGAAAUGUGUACUGCGAUGUGGUCUGCAACUUGACUCCAAUACAGAUGGAGACUGCAAGAGUUUUAGGCAUAAAUGAAACAGUUGCAACUAAACUGAGAACUGGAGUGAUGCCAAAGAACGUCGAUUCUAAUGUCGUAAACAGAUUUUAUUUGACUCUAAUGCUCAAUGAGUUAUGGAACCAGCAAACUGUUCACGUAGUCUCUACCAAGUAUCAAGUCAAUCGAGGAAUAGUACAAAAUUUAAUGAAUGCCUCCGCAUCCUUUGCUUCAAGUGUUGAACGAUUUUGUGCAGAACUUGAUGAAUUUUGGGCGUUCAGAGACCUGUUACAUAGUUUUAGUAAACGGCUGUCACACUGCUGUUCUGUAGAACUGGAACCGUUAAUUGAACUUCCUAGUGUGAAAAUUGGACGUGCCAGACAGUUGUUCAAUGCUGGAUACAAAACAUUGCAAUCUGUAGCACUGGGUCAACCAAAGGAAAUGUGUGACAAAAUUGAAAAUUUGCCGAUGCGAGUUGCUACCCAGAUCGUCGCUGCAGCUAAGUUGUUAUUGUUGGAGAAGGUGGAAAACCUUAGGGAUGAGGCCGAAGACGUACUGGAUGGAAUUGAUGUAUCGAAUUUCCGCUAAUCUAUUCAUCAUAGGCAGAUUCAUGAUACGCUUGUCGCCGUACUACGACGAAAAAUCGUACGAAUUUAGAAAUACAUUUUUUUUUUCAAUUAUACAAAUAUUCUCCAAGAGAAAAUCAAUUUUUAGUUUAUAUAAUUCAAUGCGAUACAGAUGAAGAAUCAAUAAAAUGAACGGACUGUUUGUUUUCUUAUCUGUCGCCAAAUGUGAUAUAUUUAAUUUAACUUUUUCAAUGACAGAAAGAACGACCGAGAGAUUGUUCUUUAACUUAAGUUUAUAAUACUGCCGAUUCAUUGCGAUCCAAGAAUACGUAAAUGGAUAAAAGUUCUGUAUUUUCACC